UCCUUUUCCUUUUCCCUUCUUUUUGCGUUUUUUUCAUCAUCAUAUAUAUCAUCAAAAACUCAUUUAUCUAUCUCUCUCUCAAAACCCACCACCGUGUUCCACUUCCCGGUGUCCCUCCGGCCACCACGUUGGUCCAAAUUGAAAACUAACACCACUUUUGAACUCAUCUUUCCAUUCUCUACAAAACCCAUAAGUUUAUUUUUCGUUUUGGAGAAAUUUAAAUUUUGAGCCUCCACAUUUUCCGGCCACCACGAGCCUCCUCUUGAGAAACUAAUCCGACCAAUCUCGUCCACUCUCCACUGCGGCGUGCGUCUGCCGUCUUUGUUCCUCCUCAAUGUACAAUCCUUCCUUAAUCCAUUUUCUGUGAUGCAAAUUGGGUACUUUUCAGUUGCCAAUUGAAUUGGUUUAUUGGCUACUUUGAUGCUUGCUACUUAAUGAAAAUAAUAAUGAGUAUUGUCAAAAUAAGUAAUACUUUACUAAAUUAUCCCUAGAAGUCUAUAAGUUACUGUAUAGUAAGUUGGUAUAAUUGGUUGGUUUCCUUGAGAAUAGUGCAUAUAGUAAUAAUAAUUAGGGAUACAAUUAGAAAAUAUUGCAUUGGAAAGUGAGAAUGACAUUCAUUUUAAAACAAAAUUUUAUUCCUAAAGUGACACUUAUUCUGAGACGGAGUUAUGUAACUUGUGUUGUAUGCUGCUGUUCAAAUGUGAACCUUAGAAAUGUGAACUGAAACUGCAUUGCCCUGAGUUUGAAAGUAACUUGCAGCCACCAACAACUGAAAGUGCAAUUCUCUUUCAUGAAGAACACUUGAGAGCCUGGCUUUCAAUUUUUAGGCCAUGGGGUUUCUAAGGUUUAUAAGAAGGUAUAAUUACCCUUUCAAAGAUAAAACUCGAAAUAGAGCAUACUUAAUUCAGCAUAUUCAAAGAAGAGGCUUCUCAAAAGAACAAGUGUUCAAGGGCGAUGAUGCAGUGCUUCCAGUUCUGAUCAUUGGUGCAGGGCCUGUGGGUCUUGUUCUCUCUAUUCUCCUUACAAAGUUAGGUAUUAAUUGCACAGUUUUGGAGAGAAACAAGGCAUUUUCAAAACAUCCACAAGCACACUUCAUCAACAAUCGAUCCAUGGAGAUAUUCUGCAAGAUUGAUGGCCUUGUUGAAGAGAUCCAAAGGUCUCAACCACCAGUAGACUUAUGGAGGAAGUUUGUAUAUUGCACUUCCCUUUCUGGUUCAAUUCUUGGAUCUGUAGAUCACAUACAACCUCAAGAUCUUGAGCAUGUUGUCAGCCCAGUCUCUGUAGCACAUUUCUCACAGUACAAGUUAACCAUGUUACUACUCAAGCAACUUGAAAAUCUAGGCUUCCAAACAUGCGCACCUGAAAGCUCAGAAGGAAAUAAGCAGUUCCGUGACAAGAAAAUAUUGAUGGGUCAUGAGUGUGUAUCCAUUGACACCAGCAAUGACUUCAUAACCGUAACUGCGUCUUCUGUAAAUAAUGGGAAGCAAGUAGAAAAGAAUAUCCGUUGUAAUAUCCUUAUUGGUGCAGAUGGAGCAGGAAGUACUGUGAGAAAGCAUGUAGGAAUAGAUAUGAGAGGUGAGAAAGACUUGCAAAAACUUGUCAGCAUCCAUUUUCUUAGCAAACGCCUUGGACAAUUUUUGCUUAAGGAAAAUCCCGGCAUGCUCUUCUUUAUCUUUAAUACUGAAGCAAUUGGGGUCCUUGUUGCUCAUGAUCUCAGGCAAGGAGAAUUUGUUUUGCAGAUACCAUUUUAUCCACCUCAGCAAACAAUUGAGGAUUUCAGUCCAAAGGCAUGUGAGAAGUUAAUCAGCAAACUUGUUGGUCGGGAGUUUGGAGAUGUGGAUGUAAUUGAUAUAAAGCCAUGGAUUAUGCAUGCUGAAGUUGCUGAGAGGUUUGUAUGUUGUGGCAACCGUAUAAUACUUGCUGGUGAUGCUGCUCAUCGAUUUCCACCCGCUGGUGGAUUUGGAAUGAAUACUGGAAUUCAGGAUGCACACAAUCUUGCCUGGAAAGUUGCUUCUGUGAUAAAGGGUAUUGCCCCAACUUCAAUGCUAAAUACCUACGACAUGGAACGUAGACCAAUCUCUGUAUUUAAUACAAGGUUAAGUCUGGAAAACUAUAGAGCUGCCAUGUCUGUUCCUGCUACACUCGGUCUCAAUCCAACUGUUGCAAACACAGUUCAUAAAGUUAUUAUUAAUGGGGUUGGUUCCAUCUUGCCAUCUGGAUUGCAGAGGCUAGCUUUGGAUGGAAUUUUUGCUAUAGGCCGUGCACAACUCUCUGAAUCUGUUCUAAAUGAAAGCAACCCCCUUGGAUCCUCAAGGUUGGCUAAGCUAAGACAUAUAUUUGAAGAAGGGAAAAGUCUUCAACUUCAGUUCCCUGCUGAAGAUCUUGGUUUUAGGUACCUACAAGGUGCAAUUAUGCCAGAGAGUAGUGAUGUUGAGAGUUCCCCACAAGUACCCACAGGUCGUCGGAGGGACUAUAUCCCUUCAGCACAACCAGGAUGUAGACUGCCACAUAUAUUUGUGAGAGUAAACCGAUUAAGCAAGGAGAUGGUUUCUACGCAUGAUCUUGUGUCUGGAGAUAAAGUUGAGUUCGUUCUCAUUAUAGCACCUGUAAAGGAAUCUUAUCAUUUAGCUCGUGAAGCAUUCAAGGUGGCUGAGGAACGACAAGUUUGUCUCAAAGUGUGUGUUUUUUGGUCUACUGAUUCUGGUGUAGGACUUGAUAAAGGAAGUAAAGAAGCAUUAUCACCCUGGAAGAAUUAUGCAGACGUUGAUGAAGUUUGUUCAACAACUGCAAAUUGGUGGGAUAUGUGUAACAUGACAAACAGAGGCGCUAUUUUAGUUAGACCCGAUGAACAUAUUGCAUGGCGUACAAUUUCAGGACUUGCUGGGGAUCCUAGGGCGGAAAUGCAGAGGGUUUUUUCUUCUAUACUUAGAGCACACUAAUAAAAUAAACAUACAAAUUUGUAUUGAUUCUUACAGGAGUACUAGUGUUUUAGGUAGAUCAUAGUUAUCAUGUGAUGCCUGUGCACGCUAAUGUUUUAUAAAAAAAAUGUAACGGCUUCUAAUAAUGAUGAAACAACCAGGUUGUUUCAAGUGUUAUAUUCUUAAAAUUUUUAGUGUAUUUAUAUAAUUUUUAUUUUAUUCUGAA